CUAUCACUUCCUUGAUGGAAGGGCUAAACAAUAUUCUGUCCCUGUGAGGAGUCUAAAGUGCAAGGUUACUGCAGAUUCUUUCCAUGGCCUUAGAAUUGAGAAAGUUUGUAAAGUAAUUGAACUUUAUCAGAAAAAGCAUAAUUUGUCGGGUGGUUAUAUUAUAUACAUAGUGAAGUUUCUAUUGCACAAAAACAUAUAUUGUGUGGAAGUUGGUGAUCAAGAAGAAGCAGCAGUAUCCCUGAUGGGAAAAGUGCAAGGUUUUAGCCUUCUAUCUUUGGGUGGCUGCUUUGAUGGUUGUCGAGAUCACACUCAAGGUUCUGGAUAUGGGACAAGGAUAUGGAACCUCAGUGAUCGGCCAGUGGAGCUGCAAAUAAGGGUGGGAUCAAUACUGAAGAAGAUUCACACUUUGAAGCCAGGGUCUUCUAAAAGACUGAAAUGUAAAAGCAUAUAUAAGGCUUACAUGCCUGGAAGAAGUGGCAGUGUUGGAGGAAGUUUCAAGAGUUUGUUGUAUUACUAUGAUGAAACAUGUCACCCUUAUAUUUGGAUUCAUGACACAGGGUGUCAUUCCUUAAGGAUGGCUAAGCAGCAGUAUAUUAGCCUCGAGGAUCUCAGGGAUUCUUCUGAAAUCAAAGUCUUUUGGGAUCAUCAGAGAGGUUCUAUAUCUGUUCGGAAGAGAACAAGGCCAGAUUUCUGCUGAAUUUUAAUUUCAUUCUUCUCGGCAUACUUUUCAAGUUUGUUUGUCAUGAGUUAGAUAUUGUUUCUUUGUUUUCUUUAUUUCACGUGGGGUUUCAAUUCCCCCUCCAAUAUUGUGUGAUUCAAUAUUUCAUGGCCUCGUGUUUAAUUAGUGUAUUGAAAGCAUAAGAAUGAACUUCCCGACCACACUUGAUCUAGUUUUUGUAAUAAUAGAGUUCUUUCUUCUGUUGCGCUGUUUGUGAAUUGGAGAAUGUUACACAGGUUCUUGUGCCA